AUGUCUGUGGUCAAGAGACGUUUGUUAAAUAAUGGAGUUUUUCCUGGUUGUGAUAAUUACUGUGUUGCUUGUACUGUAACUGCAAAUGGGUGUAUCAUGUUGAGGGAGACGGUUCAGAAAAUGAUGAAUGAGGGAAGUCUCCGAUUCGAGAAAGUUGUUGUGGAGAAUGAGGAUAUUUCCACGAUAACCAUUUAUUUCGAUCCUGUCCACUUGUCAGUGUCGGCAGAUGAGGCUCCAGUUACCAUCACGGUACCUGGACCUAUUCCGUAUGAAGGUGAUGGUGUUGUGCCUUGGGACUAUGGUGGUGAUGUGUAUUGCAAUGGGGAGAAGAAGGAAGAUCAGGUUGCAGUGGAUACCACCGUUUUAAAGGUGGACAAUGCCAGACUUAGUGGUUUCACUCGCAGCGGGAGGUUGUUUGCAUCUAACACGUUGAGAGGUGGUGAUGUAGAAAAGGAACAGAGAGAUAAGGCCGAGGCUUUAGCCAGGGCAAAAGGAAAGCAGGUGGUGAAUGAGGAUACUCCUAGAGCGGCACAGGCGCCUGUUGAGCCGGAAAGUCAUAGAGAUGCUUUGUUGAAAAUCUUGAAGAGGGCCUACGUCCCGCAGGAGAUUACAGUCAAUCAAUUGGAGACAGUGGUAUCGAAUGUUAAUGCCAGCCAUGGGUUGGGUUUCAUUGAUCUCGAUCUUACUGUGGACGGGUGCAAUCACAAUAAUGCACUACAUAUUUUGAUGGAGUGUAAAGGAGCUUUGCUUUCGCAUGUUUUGGUGGAUACAGGCUCGUCACUCAAUGUGUUGCCUAAGAAGGCCUUGGCUAAAUUGGAUUGCGAGGGAUUGACUUUGAGGCCUACUUAUCUGGUGGUUAGAGCGUUUGAUGGCUCUAAAAGGGUCGUGUUCGGGGAAGUUGAGCUCCCCGUAAAGAUUGGUCCUGAGAAGUUAAAGUAUAUCUCAGACGGGCAAGUCGUGACAGUUUGUGGUGAGGAAGAUAUUUUCGUCAGUCAGUUGUCAUCAUUUAAGUACGUGGAAAUGGACGGUGAAAUAUUCGAAACACCAAGCCAGGCGUUUGAAACCGUCAUGGUGGAGAGUGCCAUUUUUGCAGAAAGAGAGAAGAAGUCGUCCAUUGCUUCUUAUAAACAGGCUGUGGAGGUGGUGAAAAGUGGAGAGGCCCCAGGUUGGGGAAGAGUGGUAGAUAUUACGGUGAAGGAGGAUAAGUUUGGGAUCGGUUAUUAG